AUGCCCCGAGAGCUCAUCACGCUGCAAGUUGGGCAGUGUGGCAAUCAGAUUGGCAGCGAGUUUUGGAAGCAACUCUGUGCUGAGCAUGGCAUCCGUCCCGAUGGCAUCCUGGAAGACUAUGCUGUCGGUGGUACCGAUCGUAAGGAUGUCUUUUUCUACCAGGCCGACGAUGACCAUUACAUCCCGCGUGCCGUGUUGAUGGACCUCGAGCCCCGCGUCAUCGAUGGCAUUCGCACCUCAGCCUACGCCAAUCUCUACAACCCCGAAAACAUUUUUGUCGACAAAGAAGGCUCUGGCGCAGGCAACAUCUGGGCCAAGGGUUUUGCUGCUGGCGAGCGCGUUCACGAGGAACUCUUUGACAUGAUUGACCGAGAGGCUGACAAUAGCGACAGAUUUAUGCUUACCCACUCUGUUGCUGGUGGUACGGGCUCUGGACUCGGCUCCUACGUCCUUGAGCGUCUCAACGACCGUUUUCCAAAGAAGCUGGUGCAAACGUACUCAGUCUUCCCCCACGCAGGCGAAACGUCGGAGGUGGUGGUCCAACCUUACAACAGCUUGCUCACCCUGAAGCGCCUAACGCUCAACGCUGAUGCUGUGGUGGUGCUGGAUAACACGGCUCUCAAUCGCAUUGCAGCUGAUCGCCUGCACAUGGACAAGCCUGACCUAUCUGUGGUGAACCAGUUGGUCUCCACCAUCAUGUCUGCAUCCACAACAACCCUGCGCUACCCAGGCUACAUGAACAAUGACCUGAUUGGGCUGAUUGCCAGUCUUAUCCCCACCCCGAAGCUUCAUUUCCUCAUGACUGGUUACACACCCGUCAUUGCUGGGGAUUAUGGCACCACGUCGACGGUGCGCAAAACCACCGUGCUGGACGUCAUGCGCCGUUUGCUGCAACCCAAGAACAUGAUGGUGUCCACGGCGCGGUCGCGUUCGGAAGCACAUUGUUACAUCUCCCUCCUCAACAUCAUUCAAGGCGAUGUGGAUCCCACGCAGGUUCACAAGUCAUUGCAGCGCGUACGCGAGCGCAAGCUGGCUUCCUUCAUCCCCUGGGGUCCUGCCAGCAUCCAAGUCGCUCUCUCCCGCAAGUCACCGUACAUCCCCACUGCUCAUCGCGUGAGUGGUCUCCUCUUGGCCAACCACACCAGCAUUGCACAGCUCUUUUCACGAGCUUGCAAAGAUUUCGACAAGCUUCGCCGUCGUGAGGCCUUUGCGGAUCAGUUCCGCAAGGAGCGCAUGUUCCGGGACAACCUCGAUGAGUUUGACGACUCACGAGAGGUAGUUCAGUCGCUUGUGGAUGAGUAUCAAGCCGCUGAGCGCCCAGAGUACGUGGACUGGGGCCGACAGCAAGCCAUGGGCGGCCAGUGA